AUGUCGACGACAAACGUCCAAGGCAAUCAUAUGUCGGUCGGUAGCAAGAGCCCGAAAUCAUCACCCUCGAAAUCGCAGAAAGGACGAAAUCAAAGGAGAACUUCUCCAGAAGCUUCGGUAUCUCUUCGCCAUGGAAUCACAUCUGCAAGUGCAUCGGAACCAAACAGGGCCUUUGCCAUCCCGCCAACACUACCACACCGAAGCCCGAUUAGCCACAAAAGUCCCUUACGAUCUUCGUCGCCAUCCUCGCAGCAUAAGAAACAUGCAGCUAAAAAGCUUCAGCAAUCACAAGACCAAGGGGCUGGAAUGGCUGCGGUGGAGGAGGAGCCGCACCAACCGUUGACAAACGAGGUUGAUCGAGAAUCUGUGGUUAAUUCAAGCGCCAGUGGAAGCAAUGAUCGAAGCGUCCCAGAGGAUUGGUUUAAGAGUCUAAAUACCAAUGUGGGCGACUUCAACAAGCCAACCGUAGCUGAUGGCGAUUCACCUUACUAUCUGCCCUCGGAAAAGAAGAGAAAGCAGAGGCACCAACUCAACCCAAACGUGAGAGCAGCGGCGAUAGCUAGUGGUGGAAUUCUCCCCAUUUUCCCCGGAAAUCAUACUACAAAUCUCGGUCGGCUAGCUCCAUUCCCGAAUCUAAAUUACCCGCCUAUGGCCCAGACGCAGGAUUCCGAAGAUGAGAGCGAUGUAUACAGAAGUGUCAUUGACGACCUCACGAUCAAGAAUAAGAAGCUGAAAAAGAAGUUACGUAAAAUGGAGAGACUGCAUUGUAAUGAACUUGAUGAAGAAAAGCUCUUUGAAGUUCGGUGCUAUGGGCUUCCUCCAUCCCGUAAGCAGGAGCUACAAGAGCUGCUGCAGAAUUUCGCUGCUGGAAUGGAUGGUGCUGGCAAAGUCUAUGAAACCAAACGUUCCGAUUCGAUAUCCAAUGCCAAUGCGACCACCUCGACCAAUCCGUCUUCUUCGUCACUUUUACAAAAUGCAGAUUCGGCGUAUGCCACAGAGACUCGCAUGACAAGUUUGGAUGGAGGCUCGGGUGAUGCGACUAAAUCCAAUCCUCCCAACGUGGAACAAGUAAGGCCUCAGUCUAGGAGGGCGCCAAUUUCAUCAUUGCACCCAGGCAACCGACCAUUACAAUUUGCAAACGAAAGAACUAGGAUGAAGAUGGUUGUUAGACGACUGGAACAAUUGUUCACGGGGAGUGAUGCUCUUCAAUCGGAGUUAGAAAAGUCGCAGUUUCAACAGAAAGUGGCGGUCGCUGCAGCUACGGAAAAACAUGACACCCCAGUAGAUGAAGUGCUUGCUGAAUCCGGUGACGAGGAUGAUCGAAGAGAAGCUGCCAUGAUGUCACACCAACAAGACGACGAUUUGACGAAAGAAAAGAAUCAAGAUCAGAAAUCGUUUUUCGAUCCGUCCCAUCAGAGGCCUACCCGACCUAUGGACAUAGACCCAAACCGAGCUCAAGUUGCGGCUGACAAUCUUGAGUAUCUUGAACACCUCUCUUUCUCUUCAGCUCACAAGAAUCAUCAUAGGCCCACGUCCGCCGGAGACAUUACUGGAUGGGUUUACCUUAACUUGAUCAACAACAUGGCGCAGAUACACACCCUCCAUGUUUCACUCUCAUUCAUUAAGAAAUCCAUUCGGGCAAUGAGCGACAAGCUUGAAUUGAGUCCGGAUGGGAAUAAAAUCAGAUGGAAAGGUGGCUUCAUUGGUACGAAAAUGAGCAGCGAAAAUGAUUCAAGCAGUGGGAUGGGAGAUUCAAGUAAUGGUGAAUCAUCGCCGGGUGAAGGCUCUUCCGGUUUGAAAUCCAAAACAAAACUGUCAUCCGAAGGAAACUCAGGCACUAAAGCUGUUCCGGCCAAAGAUAUGAAGUCUGGGAUAUCUCAGAUUUCUUCUCCUGUUCCUACACCAAGCGCCUAUAACAUUGACGCCUUCCGUUACAGACCGUUGAUGUUUCACAGCCUGAGCGCGCAGAAGAGCAGUUCAACCGACCAGUCGGAACAAGAUGAAUCCGAGAGCAGCUCGGAGGCCGAGACUAAUAAUUCUGGUGGUCCGGCUCCGAUCCUCGAGUCUGGUUCAAAUGUUGGGCUCAGUGAUAUGGUUAAGUUAGCACCAAUCGAUGGGGCUGUCAUAUACUUUGGAGGUGCGCCUUUCUGCACUGACUUAAGUGCCCAGGUUGUUUUUCGAGACGGAGGUCAUGCCUUCGCGAGGAGCGGGGAUGGCAAAAACUAUGACAGAUUUGUUGAGGAGCCUGUUGGGCCUCCAGGGCCUGCGACGAGCAGAGGCAGCGAUGAUAUAGAAUCGCUGGAUCAUCAACCUCUCUCGAAAUUUGACUGGUCUUCACAGGAUGUGGAAAUGAGUUUAACGGAUGAUUCUGAAGAGAUUCUCCCUAAACUUACGUCGAUUAUUUCACCAACCACUGUUGAACUCCCUUCUUCAAUACCAUCUCCACGUCCAUUUGAAUUUUCCGGGAUUGGUGGUGUCCGAGCUGAGGACAACUUCGUUAUGUAUGUCAAGACAAUUCAAAAGCCCGUCAAUACUCGGAAAUCUCGACUCCGGAAAAAUGGAAUAAUCCGCCACCUGAUACCCCAAGAAACCCUCAGCCAAUUCCUUGCUGACGACAACCCUACUUCUGUGAUUGGAUUCGAGAGCGAAAUUACUGAGACGAAUCACAUCAAGCUACAGCCUUCUAAACUUCCCGAUCCCGUUUUUGCAGUUUAUCUAAGUGAAGAUUCCUCCGACCCCUUUGCUUCUACCUCCGAUGAACCCCAAUCACAUUUGUCUUUUGCCUAUAAUAUUGAAUCCGACUCUCGUUCUUCUGGCGAGGGAAUCCCUUCUUUCUACAGUCCAGACAUUGGUGAUCUUUCUCCGAUGGAUCUAGACGCGGAGGAAGAAAUCGCCAUAGAUGGCAAUCCUCUCGCACCUCUAAGCGUUGUAGCCACUGCAGGGAGCGAAGAUGGAAGUAUUACUGGUUCAAUGAAGGAUACUCAUAUACUAAAAUCUUUGGAUGAUAUGGAUAUUGGCACCCUUUGA